GCCCCUGAUCCGGCGGCGGCAGCGGCAGCAACGCCCCGGCAAUGGCGAGCGGCGCCCUCUCCAAUGGACACGCCGGGCACCGGGAGCCCGAGCCCCGCAGCGGGACCGGGACCGGGACCGGCAGCGGAGGGGAGCCGAGUGCCAGCGCUCUGCGGAAUGGCUGCACCCGGAGCCGGCAGUACAAUGGCAAGUCCACGGCAGGGCCCUACAAGAAGAUCUUCUCGGAAUCUUUUGAGCAGCCUCCGAUCUAUGUUCCUGUCCUCACUUACAUGGGCUACGGAAUUGUAACCUUGUUUGGGUAUUUAAGGGACUUCCUGCGUUCGUGGGGCCUCGAAAAGUGUCACGCGUCUCAGGAGAGAAAGGAGCAAAAGGAUUUUGUACCACUUUACCAAGACUUUGAAAAUUUCUACAAACGAAAUCUGUACAUGCGGGUCCGUGACAACUGGAAUCGCCCAAUCUGCAGUGUGCCUGGACCUACAUUUGACCUGGUGGAGCGUGUCUCUGAUGACUACAACUGGACUUUCAGGUACACAGGACGAGUGAUUAAAGAUGUGAUUAACAUGGGCUCCUACAACUACCUGGGUUUUGCUGAAAACAAAGGGGAGUCCUUGAACUCAGUAGCAGAAGUGACAAUGAAGUAUGGUGCGGGAGUGUGCAGUACGAGGCAGGAAAUGGGUAAUCUUGACAAGCACAUUCAACUCGAAAGUUUAGUCGCCCGGUUUUUGGGAGUGGAGGCGGCAAUGACAUUCGGGAUGGGUUUUGCAACCAAUUCGAUGAAUAUUCCGGCUUUGGUUGGGAAGGGCUGCCUCAUCCUGAGCGAUGAGCUGAACCAUACUUCUCUGAUCCUGGGUGCACGUCUGUCAGGAGCCACCAUCCGAGUGUUUAAACAUAACAAUCUACAGAGCCUGGAUAAGCUCUUGCGGGACGCUGUGGUUAAUGGCCAACCCCGAACCCAUAGACCCUGGAAGAAAAUCCUCAUUCUCGUGGAGGGAAUUUACAGCAUGGAGGGCUCGAUGGUGCGUCUGCCAGACAUUGUAGCCUUGAAGAAAAAGUAUAAAGCCUACCUGUACCUGGAUGAAGCCCACAGUAUCGGAGCAGUGGGGCCUACAGGCCGGGGUGUGGUGGAAUACUUCUCAGUUGACCCCGCGGACAUUGACGUGUUGAUGGGCACCUUCACCAAAAGUUUCGGGGCCACUGGAGGGUACAUUGCUGGCAAGAAGGAGCUGGUGAAUUACCUACGAGGGUUUUCGCACAGCGCUGUCUACGCUGCCUCGAUGCCUCCGCCAAUAGCAGAACAGAUUAUUAGAUCGCUAAAAUGUAUCAUGGGUCUCGAUGGAACAACAAUAGGUAUUGAGCGAGUGCGACAGUUGGGAGUGAACGCCCGCUACUUCAGACAGCGCUUGCGGGAGCUGGGUUUUAUCACCUAUGGAAACGAUGAUUCCCCUGUUGUACCAUUGCUGUUGUACAUGCCCGGCAAAGUAGGUGCGUUUGCCAGGAGAAUGUUGAAGAAGAACAUCGGGGUGGUGGUCGUCGGAUUCCCGGCCACUCCCAUUGUGGAAUCUCGGGCUCGCUUCUGCCUGUCCGCAGCCCACACACGGGAGAUGUUGGACACAGACAACUCGCAAGAAUACCAAAUGCAAAGAGAAGAACAAUUUAUACUGCAUGAGAAGAGACUGCUAAUUUGUUAGUAAGUGAAUUCUGGUUGAGACGUGUCUACUAAUCAGAGUCCACUUACCAACCAAUCAAUAGUAAUCUGUGGUUGAUUCAUAAAGGGACGGUGUAUUUCUUUUUAUGUUAUUCUUUUAAUCCUUUAUAAUCUAGUUGGGAUAUGGGAUGGAAGGGCACAGAGAGAAAGGAGUGAAUCCUACCUGUCCAAACUCUUAACAGUUAGAUGGACGAGGAAUAUACCAACAAUUUUAUUACAAUAGGUUCCUCUGGACAGAAGAAAACAUUCAAAGAAAGUUAAAUGCUCUUUUGACCUACUUAAGAACUGUUCUGCUUACAGCAAUAAGUAUGGGUGAAAAUACACACUGCUUAGAUUUGCAUUUUGAGGAUUAUGUCCCAAUUGUAGGAGGGCAGUUUCUUUUCUUCCUGGGAGCAAUGUUAAAAUUCAGAGGUCCCAUGUUUCAUAUUGACUUGACACAAGUCUGAAUUUACCUGAAUGCUCCUCACAGGCUUAAACUCCUGCUUGAUUGUUGUUUCUUUGUCCCCUGCUAUUAUCAUAUGGAUUCUGAUAAUUGGCCUGUGUUUCUACCAACAUUUAAUGUUGGGUCUAUGUGUUUUACAUGAUGCUGCAUCCAAUGACAAGAUUAGUAAAGGUGCAUUUUUAAGCUCCAUUUGCACACACUUUUAAUCGGGAAUCUCUGACCAGGUUUGAGAGUGAAUUCUAUUGGCAAUGGCAAAGCUGCCUUGAAUAUGCCAACCUCUCUCCUGCCUCAAGAUUCAUUAGCCAUUUGAGAUAAACUCGAUUGUCUGCCCUUAGCCUGAAUUUCUGUCGAACCUCCAUGCUGUUGUUAAGGGAUUGCAACUGGGUCAAAAAAUAUCUGAUUCUCUUUAAUUAUACUUGUUAAAAGAAGAGAUUUCCAACGAGAUUAUUCCGUGAACCCAUCCCUCGAGCUUGCGUAGUAUUUCAGUCCUUGAAAAUCUUAUUGUUUACUGAUUUUAAUUGGAGUUGGGGAGGAUGGGCCCAGGAGAGUUCAGUUAUGACACUCAGUCGGAUUCAGGUACCUCCAAGUGAGAAUGAACGGGACAGAAAAGUGAUUUGACUCACAAUUAAACAUUCCUUGUUAAACUGGGGCAGAUUGCCAUCUCUGAACAUUAAGGAGAUUUGGUUAAAAAAAAGUGUGCCUUCAAGCUCCAUCUGCAUACACUGAGAAAAGGGAAAUAGCACUGCCGACACUUGCAAUCUCGGAAGAAAAAAAACUUGCCGCCUCUAUUCAGAUAAUUGCUGAUUCUGGCAGGACAUGGUGCUGGGUCUAUGGAUUGUACGUGGUACUGUGUACGGGAACAGUGACUGGAAUGAACUGGUUUGUAAACUUAAUUUAUAUACAGCCUUCACGUACUUUAAUGGUGAAAGGUUUGUAUAUUUUUGUGUACUGAUUUUUUAUACAUAAUGUAUAAGGAAAAAAAUUAUUAUUUCCUUCCUUUUGUGACAGAAAUGUUUCCUUUAUGUAUGAUGGAGACACUGGGCUGGCAUGCACAAAUAAAACCUUAACUCCGGCCUCUCCUCUCUCUAUGAACUUUGUUAAAUCUCUUGAUAAAAUUACUGCUAUUAA